GGGCGGGGCGUUGGAGAGAGAGAGAGAGAGGGGGAAUGCAGCCUAUGUCUCUGCUCUCCUUCCGUUUGUAGGAUCAGGCUGCCUCUGCUCGUUUCGUCCUUUAAAUGACGGCCACUGCCGCGUUACUCACUCCAUCCAUUUCGCCGACCCAUCGCGGACGUUAGGACGGCUGUUGAAAAAUCGACACCCUACGUUUCAGAUAUGGCCCAUAUCGGGGCGUUCUGGCACAGGAACGGCACCAAGCGGAUGAUCUAAACGGACGUUUAGGAGGACCGGGGGGAGGGAGAGCGGAGACUAUUGCGCUCUCAGGUUCGGCGGAGAGAGAGAGAGGAUAGCUCGAUGGUCUGAUGGUGCAGAAAAUUCACCAUUGUCUGGAUGUGCAAAUCGCCGGCGAGCCCUGAGCACAGAAGCCCGAUCGACUCCCUUCAAUGAACAACAGUAGAGAUACCAUGAUCUCAUCGGUGCCUUGCGUUAUAUAUCUGCUGUGCUGUAUCCAGACCAUUGUGUCCUUCCAGGUGUCCGUUAAAGAGGAGGACUGGAUCGUAGCGACCCUGGAGCAAUCUGACCUGCGGGAGAACGUGACGGGGUACGCUGCCCGGGUGAUGGGCGAGCCCCGAACCCACCUGCUGCCGUUCCUGAACCUGACCGACCCCACCGCGACCCCGCUGGUCUUUAACUCCUCCCACCACGGACUCUGCUACACCGUUAGUCUGCUGCUCAGACAGGGGAAGACCUGGUCCAAGUCCGUCCAGACUGUCUCUGUUCUCACCAAGCCUCGUCCGGUGGACAGCGUGGUGAUCACAGACUACCGAGAGGCUCCAGAGACCGGCGUGGUGUUUGAGAUCAGCUCCCCAGAGAACAACGUCUUCAGUCGGGUCAACAUCAGCUACGCAGAGGGCCGGGAGCAGAGAUCCAUGCUCUAUAAAGACUUCUAUAAAGGAAAGACGUUGUUUAAACACUGGCUCCCUGGGACGUGUUACAGCAACAUCUCCUUCCAGCUGAUCUCUGAAGCUACAGUCAACAGAACCACCCUGGUCCGACGCAGCGACCUGACCCAUGAACCCCGGCAACACAGGACAGUGCCCAACCCUCCUCUCAACAUCUCCCAUAAGAUCGUCCCACUCAGCCAGAGGGUGCUACCAGGGAGGGUCCCUAGCUACGAGGUGACCCAGGACACGCCCCGGCGGGCGCGGGAUGUCCCCCUCAUAGAGGAACAGGAAUUACAGGAGAACCAGGAGAUACAGGAAGUGAUCUCAGAGGAGGUGGUGGGCGGAACCACCCAGGUCUCCUACAGCUCCGCCCCUCAGGGCUCCAACAGUUCUACAGGCUAUGCCACCUCUAUCUCUAACAACACAGAAGAACAGACCGCCACGCAGCCCUAUUGGCCGGAGUCCUACGAUAGUCCCUCCCCUACGGAUGGAGAGGAGGAGUUUGUGAACGCGGUGGUUCCAGAGUAUGAGGACUCCAAUGAGCCGGGCUCUGCCAUGGUCCUGCCCCCAGAGACCUCCGUCACCCCCACCCGCUUUCCCCCCAUACUGCUGGAGCUACGCUGGCUACCCCCCCGACCCCCCACCACAUACGACGGUUUCAACGUCUACAUCUACAGAGACGGUAACUCUACAGAGACGGCCACGGUGGAUGAGAACACUCAUGAGUUCUUCACGGAGCUGACAGAGCCUGGAACCUACAGAGUCCAGGUCACCACACUGAGCUCGGCAGGAGACUGUGAGGCCAGGGAGAGCAUCGCAUAUACAGGGUUCACCUUCUAUCUCAGCCCCAGUGGAGAGGUGCUGGAGCAGCCCCAGGAGCGGCCUCAGGGUGUCAGUAUCAGGCUGCUAGGCUCCAGCACUGCAGCGGUGUCCUGGGCCCUGUCGUCUGAGAGCCACAACGGCAGCCUGGUGUCAGUCCUGUCCCUAACCUGCCUCCGACCCAGCCUCAGCCAACGCAUGGAGAACACCUACUGCAGUGAGGAGAACACGACCAGUGACAUCCUGUCCAACCUGACUCCAGGUGCCCAGUACAGAGUGGUGGUGUACCAUACUAACGGUCCUCUCAUCAGUCCUCCUUCCGAACCUGUAAUUAUGGACAUCGAGCCAACGGGAGUGCGGGAGCUGGUGGUGUAUUCUCUGAGCCCGACUGCAGUCAUCCUGUCGUGGCAGAGACCGUACCACGUGGCGUUCAGGAAGUAUGUCCUGCAGACAUUCUUCUUCAACCCUGUCACGCUGGCCUCCGAGUGGACCACGUACUACGAGAUCGCUGCUACCGCCUCAGUCAUCGCAUCCGUGAGAGUGACAGAUCUGUUGCCGGCCUGGUACUACAACUUCCGUGUCACCAUGGUGACGUGGGGCGAUCCCCCUCUCAGCUGCUGUGACAGCUCUACUGUUAGCUUUGUUACAGCUCCUGAGGCCCCCCACAUCUCGUCAGUAGACUACAACCAUGGGACUCUGUACGUGCGCUGGACCUACGGGGAGCUCUUCAUAGACAUGUCCCACAGCAGGAUGCUGCACUGGCAGGUCACAGCUCACGGCAAGAAGGGAUCCAAGAGGACGUACUCCACUGAUGUCACCCGUAAUGUGAUGGUUGCCAGUCUGGCUCUGCCUCCGGGAGACAUUUAUAACCUGACUGUAUCGGCCUGUACCGAAGGGAAACGCAACUCCUCUGUCCCCAACAUCAUUAAACUGGAGCCAGCCCCUCCGCGGUCUCUGUACGCGGUGAACGCCACCCACUCCUCGGUGACUCUGCUCUGGAGCGAGGAGGGAGUGGUUGACUUCUACCAGGUGCUCUGUAAACCCACCAAGACCAUCAACAAGGAACUCAAGGCUCGGGAGCCUCUAACAGCCCAGUCCCAUGUGGUGACAGUGUCCAGCCUGCUGCCCUCCUCCUCCUAUAACUGCAGUGUGAUCAGUUAUAGCUACAGUACGCCCAGCGAGCCAGCCUUCAUACACAUCUCUACCACAGCCAGAGAGAUGAACCCCAGCGUAGCUGCCAUCUCUGCUCUAGCAGUCCUCAGUGUCCUCCUUCUCAGCCUGCUGGUCCUCUUCCUACUGAUGCUGCGUAAGAAACACCUGCAGAUGGCCAGGGAGUGCGGAGCAGAAACAUUCGUCAACUUUGCUUCGUUUGAGAGAGACGGCAAACUGCCCUACAACUGGCGAAGGAGCCUCUUUGCCUUCCUCACCCUCCUGCCAUCCUGCCUUUGGACUGACUAUCUUUUGGCUUUUUAUAUUAAUCCUUGGAGCAAGACUGCGUUAAAGAAACGGAAGCUAACCAGCCCUGUCCAGCUAGAUGACUUUGAUGCGUACCUCAAAGACAUGAGCAAAGACUCCGCCUACAAGUUCUCUCUGCAGUUUGAGGAGCUGAAGAGCGUAGGUCUGGAUCUUUCCCAUGAUGCAGCAGACCUGCUUAUCAACAGACCCAAGAACCGCUACACCAACAUCCUGCCAUAUGACUUCAGCAGAGUGAAGUUGAUCUAUUUACACAACGACGAGGGAUCUGACUACAUCAACGCCAACUACAUACCAGGUUAUAAAUCCCCCAGAGAGUACAUCGCCACUCAGGGCCCUCUGCCUGAGACGAGGAACGACUUCUGGAACAUGGUCCUGCAGCAGAAGAGCCACAUCAUUGUGAUGCUGACGCAGUGUAAUGAGAGACGCAGGGUGAAGUGUGACCACUACUGGCCGUUCACAGACGAGCCGGUGGCCUACGGAGAGAUCAGUGUGGAGAUGCUGUCGGAGUCAGAAUCGCCAGAGUGGACCGUACGGAACUUCAGACUGGGAUAUGCGGAUGAGUCUCAGGACGUCCUCCAUCUCAACUACACGUCCUGGCCGGACCACGGUGUCCCCACGGUCAACGCCAUCGAUAGCAUCCUGCAGUUCGUACACAUCGUCCGCCAGCAGGCCAACCGCACCAAAGAACCCAUUGUGGUUCACUGCAGUGCUGGUGUGGGCCGGACAGGGACCUUCAUAGCUCUGGACCGACUCAUGCAGCACAUCAGAGAACAUGAGUUUACUGACAUCCUGGGGAUGGUGUCAGAGAUGAGGUCCCAUCGACUCUCCAUGGUCCAGACAGAGGAGCAGUAUGUGUUCAUCCACCAGUGUGUCCUGCUGAUGUGGAAGAAGAAGAAGACACAGUCCAUCACCAGUGAUGUCAUCUACGAGAACAUCAGCAAGUCCUAGGGACGCCUCCUGCACAACAUCGUGACAUCACUCAAACUCCCGUGCUUCAGGCAUCCGUUCUCUACCGAGAAGCCUUUCAUCAUUGACACGAAAAACAAAUGAACACAGAAUGUUUGACUAAAUCUGACAACGACACAAGGAGAGCAACAGGAAGAUGGAUUAGAGUUUUAAGUGGUGUUAGUUGUGUGGGAUUGAACAGGGGUCUGAAGGAGUCUUGUUCACUGACUCAGACGGAUUAGAGUUUUAAUUGGUGUUAGUUGUGUGGGAUUGAACAGGGGUCUGAAGGAGUCUUGUUCACUGACUCAGACUGACCAGGAGUUCUGGCACUAUGAAGCUUGUUUCCCCUCUUCGACCUUCAGCAGAACUACAACACAGCUGACAGAGACGUCAGGAACCAGGUUGGUUGGGACAGCAGCGUGACCCCUCUCUGAGUGAUGAAACGUCUUUUAUAAAAGGACACAUACCUUGUUUAGAGGGAGUGUGGACCCGUCCUUCACACAGCAACUUAGUGGAACUGAACUGAAUUG